GACUUUAACUAUCUAGUCUUCAACAACCUUAGAGACCCAAGAAGGAAAUAAUAUUAACUGUGUAAGCAGCAAGUACGAACAAGUGACUUUCAAAAAAAUGUGAGAAAGGACAGAAACAGCUGGUUGCCUGAACUAAAGUUUCUCUGCAGCAUUGGGGCAUCCAUCUUCAGCCUACAGGCCUAGAAUAUCUGCAGACUUUUCUAUGAAGCAGGGCUUUUGAAGUACUGUCCUACUUUGUCUGGGCAAGGUUUGGAAGUCACUCUCUUUUGUGUCCUGCCUGUCCCAUGAGGACAGCGUACUGUCAGCAUUGAGACAAGGGCACUUUCUUGCCCAGUGGCUUACAUUUACCACAAAGGACGCAAACUCCAUGUGAAGUUUCCUCAAUGCCCAUCAUCUUCUCUGAAGUAGAUUGGUGCUGCCAGGAGCAGACAUAUUAUUGUCAUAAAAAAAAGAACCUAUGUUAUUAAAACCUCUUAAAUGCCAUGUUCUGCAGAUCUCUGAAGUGUUUAAAGAUGACCUGGCUAUCUAAAAUAUAUCUUUGUUUGACCUUGACAACAUACCUAAUGUGACUACAAGUUUGAUUAUACUAGGUGAUUAACUACUAACCUGCAAUUUCCUUAUUAUCGUAAACAGUUGGUAAUAGUAACUUUCAAGGACUAGAAAUUUGCAUUACAUUGUUAAAUGAGCUGUAUAGGUACAAGACCUUAAACAAGAUUAGAAACGUAUGUACAGUCUGUUUUAACAAAAUUAAUACGAAGUUUGUAUCAAUAUACAAAAUUUGUAUACAAUAUAUAAAAUCCAAUUCAAUGUAAAACAUUUAAAACUAGUAGUUGCUUUUUUAAAAGAUUCAAUAAUCCACCUUUUUAUUUUAUCAUAUCUAUAUUCCCCAUUUUUCUUUUCAAAACAAGAACUUUCCUCCUGACUACAACCAGUAAAAACUUAUAACCAAUCCCCCAAACAAUGACAAAUAUCUAUAACCUUUUAAAUGACCAAUAACCAACCACUCCACCUCUUGGGAAUGUGGGUGUCAUAUUCUUAAAUUUACUUUCUGCUAUCUGGGGGUGAUGGUAUCUUUAAGGGAUCCUGAAAAGAAAAUUUUGGGUUAAUUGUCAAGUCCUGGGAGAGGCAGCUGCAUCAUCUGCUGUCCAGUCUCUGUGUAAUGGGAAAGUGCAGGGCUUGUCUCAAGUCCUGGCUAGAGUAGUCAGCGAGGCUGGAUCAUCUCGGCUAGCCACCUUGAAAUUGUUCUGAGCAGUUUGUAGUCCAAAGCUGAUCCUUAGGUGGUGUUUUUCAGUUCAGUGGUGUUAUCGUAGUCCUGGAUGUAUCAUCGUUAUGAGGCUCCAUCCUCUUUAUGGAGACUUUAAAGGUUGCUGUUAGGCGUGCUCAUGGUUCACUGCACAAAACUGGUAGAGACUCAAGGCUGAAAUCAUGUACAGGAAGGUAGAUGAAACCUUUUUUUUUAGAAUUAGUUAAUACUCUACAUGACCAUUAAUAUCAUGACAAAAAGUUUAAAAUACAUAUACAUAUGUAUUAAUCUUAUAAAUCUCUAUUGUUCAAUAUUCUUAGCCUCUUUUUCCAAACCAGUUACUCCAUUAUAAUUGUGGUCUAGGCUCUAAAAUACCUUUAACCAAUUCUAUCCAGUCUUUAGGGAUAAUUCUAUUACAAACUGACCAUGAGUUUAACAUUUGCUUUACAGAAGGUGAAUGCAUGCCUUAUGAGACUAUUGCUUUCUUGAAUCUCUUAAAUCUAACAUUGACACAGGAGUUCCCUUAACUGUAACAGCCUCUGCCAUUUGACAGUUCCUGUAAGGUUACUGCAUAUACUAAGGUUGGUUGUCUGAAAACAACCUUCUAGGUUUUAGGAUGUUCCUUUUUAUUCUUAUAAUACAAUGCUGAAAUUGGCUCUCCAUUAAAUUCCUCUGUCUGGAUUUGAACAUCUCUGUGAUCUGUUUUAUUAGGUUUUUCUAAGGCGUGUGUCUUAGCACUUAGACUAACCAACUUUUUUAGUGAUGAGACAAAAAUGAUAAUGCUGAUAAUGUUUACAAUUUACAUGACAUAAACCCAAUCUAAAUUAGUUAUCUCAUUUAAUCGUUCCACUUUCAGACUGUUUAGCAUAUUAUCAUACAGAGGCCUAAAUCCCUCCAUUGUAAUGCGGUUUCCCGUUUUUUUAGAAAACCUUUGUCUUUUAACUAAUUCCUCCCUUUAAGAAUUCCCAAUUGUCUUACCAAAUCUGUCAACAAUGUUGAUGCAGAUAUAAGACUUAUUGCUGCUGUGUAGAAGAGUAAAAGCCUGACUGGAUUUGAAAGCAGUUUCCUAGUUUGGCAGCAACCCAAGAAAGGGGUUGAGGAAGAGCCUACAACCCUCGGAGGAGAGAGAGAGGUGGCUGUCUGAAAAACUGCACAGAGGAUUGUUAGAAAACAAGCACGUGUUUUCAGGGGCUGUCUGAAGGCUACAACAGAAAAAUCUCAAACUCUGUCAGAGACUUGGGAGGGCGGGAAGGUGGGGGUGGAAAACCUAGCCGGGUGGAACUGGAGUCCCACAUGUAGCUCCAGCCUGUGGCAGUGGCUUUUUUGUGAUUUUUGUACCCCAAACAUUAGGUGUCAAAUGUAGCAUGGUUAAUAAAAGUCCAGAGAUAGAUAUAUGGGUUUAACCUGAAGAUCAGAAAAGCAAAGCAGCUGAGUCACUAGAGAACACUUACCUCUAAGAAAUCCUCAGACUCAGCCAGGUGGUGGUGGUGCACACCUUGAAUCCCAGCACUUGAGAGGCAGAGGCAGGUGGAUCUCUGAAUUUGAGGCCAGCCUGAUCUACAACAGCUAGUUCCAGGACAGGUUCCAAAGCUUCAGAGAAACUCUGUCUCAAAAAACCAAAAGAAAGGAAGGAAGGAAGGAAGGAAGGAAGGAAGGAAGGAAGGAAGGAAGGAAGGAAGGAAGGAAGGAAGGAAGGAAGGAAGGAAGGAGAACGCAUUUCUGUCUCAUCCCGCAUGUGACUCCCUAGUAUUGAGAUUAAAAGUAUGGGCAACCACCACCUGGAUCUGUUUCUGCAUUGAUCUUAUGUGAGCUCUGGGUGGCCUUGAACUCACAGAGAUCCAUCUGCCCCUGUCUCCCAAAUCCUGGGAUUCAAGGUGUGUGCCACCACUGCCUGGCCUCUUGUGGCUUAGUUUUACCCUCUGAUCUUCAGGCAAGCUUUAUAAAACACAAAUAAAUUAUCACUAUAGCCCACUCCUUCCUAGUGUGUCCCUGUCGCCUCUUUUCUUUUCUCUAACCCAUCCCUUUUGGUGCAGUGAUGUUUCUAUAGCUCAGAUCUGGUGCUACUCCUUCCUUGUGUAAAGUAUUUAAUCCUAUCAUCCAAAGGCUAAUGAACCAGUUCUUCGAUAUGAUUUGCUAUCAGGGUGUUAGAUAUAUUGCAGAAAUGGGGACAAAUUUGAAUCUGAAAAGUGGCAUCUCGCAGUACUACCAAACCAGUUGUUGAGAGAGUCCCCUCUCCCCUCGCAUGCCAGAUUCUCUACCUACAGCACGAACUUAGGGAACAUCUGUGCUAAGAGUGAGAGCUUAGCUGUAGUAGUUCAUUGUGAGCAGGUGCUGUGUACUUCAGGAAACACAUUUGUGUAUGUAUUUAUUGAAGGAGUGAGUAUAUGAUCGAUCUAUAAGAUGAUUGAGGAUAGUAUAUUAGAAGGUAAAGGACUUUAUUUUUAAAUGGGAAUGAUGUUCUAUAUGGAGGAACAAUGAUACUUCUUAUUGGGUCACAAGUAUCUAAUGUGUCUCAUACACCUAUUUAAGCUAUAUCUUAAUGCCUUUUGUAGGGAGAAUUUAGAGAUUUUCUAAAUCUCUUUUCUUUUUGUCUAAUAGUAUGUUAUCUUGAAUUCGCUUUUUAGUUAUUAUUAUUGUGCUUUUUUUGAGAUUGGGGUAUCACUGUGAUGUUCAGGUUGGGUUUCAAAUUUCUGGGCCUAAUUAGCCCUUCUGCCUUAGCCUUCAAAGUAACUGGGAUUGUAGAGUCAAAGAAAUUGUAAAAUGCAAAGGGAAAAGGUAAUUUGUUUGUGACCUGGAGUGGGAAAAUGAUAGAAAAAUAUCAUUAGCUGGACUAAUUAGUAAAGCACUUUCCUAGCAUGCGCAAGCCUGGGGUUUGAUCCCAACACUGGGGGAAAAGGCAUAAUUGUCAACGGCAAAUAAUUCCCCCAGUUUUUUUUUUUUUUACUUAUGAAUACCCAAUUUUACCUUGGAUGGUUUUUAGUCAUUUUUUUGUAGGUUUUGUUUUUGUUUUUUUAUUUAUUUAUUAAAGAUUUCUGUCUCUUCCCCACCGCCGCCUCCCCUUUCCCUCCCUCUCCCCCAAUCAAGUCCCCCUCCCUCGUCAGCCCAAAGAGCAAUCAGGGUUCCCUGCCCUGUGGGAAGUCCAAGGACCACCCACCUCCAUCCAGGUCUAGUAAGGUGAGCAUCCAAACUGCCUAAGCUCCAACAAAACCAAUAGGUGCAGUAGGAUCAAAAACCCAUUGCCAUUGUUCUUGAGGUCUCAGCAGUCCGCAUUGUCCACUAUGUUCAGCGAGACCGGUUUUAACCCAGGCUUUUUCAGACCCAGGCCAGCUGGCCUUGGUGAGUUCCCUAUAGACCAUCCCCAUUGUCUCAGUGUGUGGGUGCACCCCUCGCGGUCCUGAGUUCCUUGCUCGUGCUCUCUCUCCUUCUGCUCCUGAUUUGGACCUUGAGAUUUCAGUCCGGUGCACCAAUGUGGGUCUCUGUCUCCUUUCAUCGCCUGAUGAAGGUUAAUAUUCAGGAGGAUGCCUAUAUGUUUUUCUUUGGGUUCUCCUUAUUUAGCUUCUCUAAGAACCUGAAUUAUAGGCUCAAUGUCCUUUAUUUGUGGCUAGAAACCAAUUAUGUGUGAGUACAUCCCAUGUUCAUCUUUUUGGGUCUGGCUUACUUCACUCAGGAUAGUGUUUUCUAUUUCCAUACAUUUGCAUGCAGAAUUCAAAAUGUCAUUGUUUUUUACCACUGAGUAGUACUCUAAUAUGUAUAUAUUCCACACUUUCUUCAUCCAUUCUUCCAUUGAAGGGCAUCUAGGUUGUUUCCAGGUUCUGGCUAUUACAAAUAAUGCUGCUAUGAACAUAGUUGAACAAAUGCUUUUGUAGUAUGAUAGGGCAUCUCUUGGGUAUAUUCCCAAGAGUGGUAUUGCUGGGUCCUGGGGUAGGUUGAUCCCAAAUUUCCUGAGAAACCGCCACACUGCUUUCCAAAGUGGUUGCACAAGUUUGCAUUCCCACCAGCAAUGGAUGAGUGUACUCCACAUCCUCUCCAGCAAAGGCUAUCAUUGGUGUUUUUGAUUUUAGCCAUUCUGAAAGGUGUAAGAUGGUAUCUCAAAGUUGUUUUGAUUUGCAUUUCCCUGAUCGCUAAGGAGGUUGAGCAUGACCUUAAGUGUCUUUUGGCCAUUUGAACUUCUUCGGUUGAGAAUUCUCUGUUCAGUUCAGUGCCCCAUUUUUUAAUUGGGUUCAUUACCAUUUAGCAGUUUUAUGCUUUUUGGGGGAGGGUGGUUUCAAGAUGGGAUUUCUUUGUGUAACAAUGCUGGCUGUCCUGGAACUCACUUUGUAGUCCAGGCUGGACCAUUGAGGUCCUCCCGCCUCUGCCUCCCAAGUGCUAGGACUAAAGGUGGUGCACACCACCAACAUCUGACUUGCUUUUUUUUUUUUUUUUUUUUUUUUUGGUUUGGUUUUUCAAGAUAGGUUUCUCUGUGUAGCUAGCCCUUGCUGUCCGUGAAUUCACUCUGCAGACCAGGCUGGCCUCGAACUCAGAGAUCAAUUUGCCUCUGCCUCCAGAGUCCUGGGAUUAAAGGCGUGCACCACCAGUAGUAUGUCAUCAAAACACUGAACCUCCGAAAUGCCUCCAACCGCGAGCGCCGAGCUGCGGAGCAGGAAGCUCAGCUCCUGUCUCAGCUGAAGCACCCCAACAUCGUCACCUACAAAGAGUCGUGGGAGGGAGGAGAUGGUCUGCUCUACAUCGUCAUGGGCUUCUGCGAAGGAGGUGAUCUGUACCGGAAGCUCAAGGAGCAGAAAGGGCAGCUUCUGCCUGAGAGUCAGGUGGUGGAGUGGUUUGUACAGAUCGCCAUGGCUUUGCAGUAUUUACACGAGAAGCACAUCCUUCAUCGAGAUCUGAAAACUCAGAAUGUCUUCUUAACAAGAACAAACAUCAUCAAGGUGGGCGACCUGGGCAUUGCCCGAGUGUUGGAGCACCACAGCGACAUGGCAAGCACCCUCAUUGGCACUCCCUAUUAUAUGAGCCCUGAGUUGUUCUCAAACCAACCCUACAACUAUAAGUCUGAUGUUUGGGCUUUGGGAUGCUGUGUCUAUGAAAUGGCCACCCUGAAGCACGCUUUUAAUGCAAAAGACAUGAAUUCCUUAGUUUAUCGGAUUAUUGAAGGAAAGUUGCCACCAAUGCCAAAAGUUUAUAGCUCAGAGCUGGCAGAGCUGAUCCGAACAAUGCUGAGCAGGAGACCUGAAGAGAGACCCUCUGUGCGGAGCAUCCUGAGGCAGCCUUAUAUAAAACACCAAAUAUCCUUAUUUUUGGAGGCCACAAAGGCAAAAACUUCCAAAAAUAACAUUAAAAACUGUGACUCCAGAGCCAAGCCUGUAGCUGCUGUAGUUUCCAGAAGGGAAGAACCGGACCAUGAAAUGAUGCACUCCCAGCCCUGCUCUUGUGAGGGCUCCACUGCACACGCCAUGGGUGAAGAUAAGUGUUUGUCCCAAGAGAAAUCAGUGGCCAUUGAUCCCUUGAAGUCACCUGCUAGCCUCAAAGGCCACAGUGGCAAACCCGUCAUGAACAAUACGGCAGAGUCAUUUGCUACAAUCAGUAGAAUAAAUAUCGAUAUCUUGCCUGCAGAAAGGAGGAACUCAGCAAAUGAUGAUAUAGUUCAGGAGACUCAACCAAGACAGUCGGAUGCCUCUGAUGAAGUAGACAGUCAAUUCAGUAUUUCUCAAGACAGGAAGGAGAGAUUCCGGGGUGAUACCAAGUCCAGUGAUCAGCCUGAAAGUCUGCUUCCCAGACAAUCCUCUGAUGAUUGUGAUGGGGAAGGGAAUGAACUGGUGGUGAAGGACCAAAAGCCAGACCAGGAUCAAGUUACUGGUGGAUGUAUGAUAGAAAAACAGGACAGCAUCCCCCCAAGAUUCCAGCCACACAGCUCUGUGUCUGAACCUUCCAUAUCUCGACAGCGAAGGCAGAAAAAAAGAGAUCAGACUGACCAUGAUCAGGCAAAGAGCCAGUUCCAGGAAUCACCCCCUUGGCUUUUGCCUUCUCCCCCUCCUGUUGGAAAAGUGGAUAUCGUAUCAGCACAACUAAAGCAUGGAAACCAAAGUCAGCCUGUGGCCAGCUCUGUAGACAGUUCAAGGGUCAGUUCAUCGUCGCCGUCCAAGGAUCGACCACUAUCAGCCAGAGAGAGGCGGCGUCUAAAGCAGUCACGGGAAGAUGUGCUCCCCUCAGGCCCUUCAGUCCGGAGAACUCACAGUGCAGCAGAGCCAGUGAAACCACAAGAAGACGACCAGCCUACCCCUGCCCGACGAUUCUCUUCUGACUGCAGCAUCCCUCAGGAAAAGAGACUGACACAUGGUCUGUCUGAGGAUGAGUUAAGUUCCUCUACAAGCUCAACUGACAAAUCAGAUGGGGAUUCCAGGGAGGGGAAAAGUCAUACGAAUGAAAUGAGUGACUUGGUACAGCUGAUGACCCAGACUCUUAAGCUGGAUUCUAAAGAGAGCUGUGAAGAUCUCCCGGUGCUAAACCCAGUGCCAGAAUUCAGACUUCAUGGGAAGUAUCGUGACACGCUGGUACUUCAUGGCAAAGUUGCAGAAGAUGCGGAGCUUCACUGCAAAGAGCUGCCUUCAGCUGUCAUACCAGGUUCUGAGAAGAUCAGAAGAAUAGUUGAAGUCUUGAGAGCUGAUGUAAUCCAGGGCCUGGGGAUUCAGCUUCUAGAGCAGGUGUAUGACCUUUUGGAGGAGGAAGAUGAAUUGGAGAGAGAGGCACGAUUACGGGAGCACAUGGGCGACAAGUAUACAGUUUACAGUGUGAAAGCUCGCCAGUUGAAGUUUUUUGAAGAAAAUGUGAAUUUUUGAGAUUUGUUUUAAUGUGCUGCCAGAACUAAAGACUAUUUUCAAAGGUUUUUCAUCUAAACAACAACAACAGGCCGUUUCAGUUAUUCAGAGGCUACUCACUCACUGUCUUCAGUGUCUCUUUGGGGCUUCUUACUAUGAAACAUGAGAUGGAGUAGACUCAUGUGAAACAAGUUCACAGAGGAAAAAACAAACGGGAUAUCAUUGUAUUUUUAUGGAGAAAAUGUUAUAUUUGUUUGUUACUAUUUACUGAGCCUUAAGCCAACAUUAUACCUAGUUUAUUUUUUAAGAUAUUAACUAGCUUGAAAUGGGGCCAGAAAACAUUGGAUUAUAUUAUUCUACAAUGAGAAAAAACAACUGACAUCUCUUAAUAUGUGGUAUUGUUUAUAACCUUAGAGAGUAGUGAUGUUUAUUCUCUAAUGUCAACUUAGUAUACUAUUCUGGGAAUAGAUGUAAAGAACAUGAAGUUCUAUGUUGCAUUUGAACAACUUUUUUUGCACAUAAAUGAACUUUUAUAAUAUUUUCAUUUAUCUUAGUGAGGUUCAGUCUUUAGACUCUUAGGACGCUUGUGCCAUCUAAAGUAUAGAUUUGUGACUCAUUUCUUUUUUUUAUCAGCCAAAACAUCUCUUAAAUGUGAAUUCCUUUUCAGCUAAGCAGUGUCCAAGGAAAGCCCAGGUCCUUAGAUUCUAUUGAAUGCAGGCAAUGUUUUUCUUUAUGUAUAAUAAUAAAGUGUCAGUUGAGUUUCUAGGUUUAUUUUUGUUUGUUUUUUGUUUUGUUUUUCGAGACAAGGUUUCUCUGUGGCUUUGGAGCCUGUCCUGAAACUAGCUCUUGUAGACCAGGCUGGCCUCAAACUCCCAGAGAUCCUCCUGCCUCUGCGUCCUGAGUGCUGGGAUUAAAGGUAUGUGCCACGACCACCGGCUGAGUUUCUAUAUUUUAAAUGUAUAACUGUACAGCUGGAUGCAUUGGUGCACACUUAAAUCCUAGCAUUUGAGAAACAUAGGGAGGUGGGUCAUGAGUUCAGGCUAGGCUGGAUGACUAAGUUCAAAGCCAGCUCAUACUAGAGACCCUCAUCGCAAAAAUAAAAGUCAUAAUUGUAUAUCACAUGUUAUGUUAGUUACUUAGUAAGUAAUGUUCAUGUAGAAAGAUUUUUAUAAAUAAAAUACAAGUCUUUGGUAAA